UCUUUUUCUAUAUAAAUGGAGAGAGGAUUAGGGUUUCAGGAGCAUCGCUUGCCGCCGUGCUUCUCUCAUCCGGAGGUCCGAACCAGAAUAGUUAUUGCCUGAUCUUUAAGAGCAGUCAGGAUGGUGAAGUUCACGGCGGAAGAGCUCCGCAAGAUUAUGGACCUGAAGCAUAACAUCCGAAAUAUGUCUGUCAUUGCACAUGUGGAUCAUGGGAAGUCUACUCUGACAGAUUCUCUAGUGGCAGCUGCUGGCAUUAUUGCACAGGAAGUUGCAGGAGAUGUUAGGAUGACAGACACCCGACAAGAUGAAGCCGAACGUGGUAUCACUAUUAAAUCCACUGGGAUUUCCCUUUAUUAUGAGAUGACUGAUGAAUCUUUGAAGAACUACAAAGGUGAAAGGGUUGGGAAUGAAUACCUAAUUAAUCUGAUUGACUCACCUGGGCAUGUGGAUUUUUCGUCUGAGGUCACAGCUGCUUUACGUAUUACUGAUGGUGCUUUGGUUGUUGUUGACUGUGUUGAGGGUGUAUGUGUGCAGACCGAAACAGUCCUUCGACAAGCCUUGGGAGAAAGAAUCAGGCCUGUCUUGACUGUUAAUAAGAUGGACCGCUGCUUUCUGGAGCUUCAAGUUGAUGGAGAAGAGGCAUAUCAGACUUUUCAGAGAGUCAUUGAGAAUGCAAAUGUGAUCAUGGCUACUUAUGAGGAUGUCCUUCUUGGAGAUGUUCAAGUUUACCCAGAGAAAGGAACUGUUGCCUUUUCUGCUGGUUUGCAUGGUUGGGCUUUCACAUUGACCAACUUUGCUAAGAUGUAUGCUGCUAAAUUUGGAGUUGAUGAGGCAAAGAUGAUGGAGAGGCUGUGGGGUGAGAAUUACUUCGACCCUGCUACAAAGAAAUGGACUACCAAGAGUACUGGUUCGCCAACUUGCAAACGUGGCUUUGUCCAGUUUUGUUAUGAACCAAUAAGGCAAAUCAUAAGCACAUGUAUGAAUGACCAAAAGGACAAGUUGUGGCCCAUGCUCCAGAAACUUGGUGUGACCAUGAAAUCUGAUGAGAAGGACCUGAUUGGGAAAGCUUUGAUGAAAAGGGUUAUGCAGACUUGGUUGCCUGCUAGCAGUGCCCUUCUUGAGAUGAUGAUCUUCCACCUUCCAUCUCCUGCCAAGGCACAGAGGUAUCGUGUGGAGAACCUGUAUGAAGGUCCUCUUGAUGAUAUUUAUGCAAAUGCCAUUAGAAAUUGUGAUCCAGAGGGCCCCCUUAUGUUGUACGUGUCAAAAAUGAUUCCAGCUUCUGACAAGGGUAGGUUUUUUGCAUUUGGUCGAGUUUUCUCUGGUAAGGUUUCCACAGGUUUGAAGGUUCGAAUUAUGGGGCCAAACUAUGUCCCUGGCCAAAAGAAGGAUUUGUAUGUCAAGAGUGUGCAGAGAACUGUUAUUUGGAUGGGUAAGAAACAAGAGUCUGUGGAGGAUGUGCCUUGUGGAAAUACGGUUGCUAUGGUUGGUUUAGACCAGUUUAUUACCAAGAAUGCAACCUUAACUAAUGAGAAGGAAACAGAUGCCCAUCCUAUUAGAGCAAUGAAGUUUUCAGUGUCUCCUGUUGUUCGUGUCGCUGUGCAAUGCAAGGUUGCUUCUGAUCUUCCAAAACUUGUAGAAGGCUUGAAACGAUUAGCAAAAUCAGAUCCCAUGGUGGUGUGUACAAUAGAGGAAUCUGGUGAGCACAUUGUUGCUGGUGCAGGUGAACUACACCUUGAAAUAUGCUUGAAAGAUUUGCAGGAAGAUUUCAUGGGAGGAGCAGAGAUUAUAGUCUCUGAUCCUGUGGUUUCUUUCCGUGAAACUGUGUUGGAGAAAUCAUGUAGGACUGUCAUGAGUAAGUCUCCAAACAAGCAUAAUAGGCUUUACAUGGAAGCACGGCCCAUGGAAGAAGGACUUGCUGAGGCGAUUGAUGACGGACGCAUUGGCCCAAGGGAUGAUCCCAAAGCUCGUUCCAAGAUUCUCUCUGAAGAGUUUGGGUGGGACAAGGAUCUUGCCAAGAAGAUCUGGUGCUUUGGGCCCGAGACGACCGGUCCAAACAUGGUGGUUGAUAUGUGCAAGGGAGUUCAGUAUCUUAAUGAGAUCAAGGAUUCUGUUGUGGCUGGUUUCCAGUGGGCUUCAAAGGAAGGAGCAGUGGCUGAGGAAAACAUGCGUGCUAUAUGUUUUGAGGUGUGUGAUGUUGUCCUGCAUGCUGAUGCUAUUCACAGAGGUGGUGGACAGAUUAUUCCAACAGCCAGGAGGGCCAUAUAUGCAGCUCAAUUGACAGCUAAGCCAAGACUCCUUGAACCAGUGUACUUGGUCGAGAUCCAGGCUCCAGAGCAGGCACUGGGUGGCAUCUAUGGUGUCCUCAACCAGAAGAGAGGCCAUGUCUUUGAGGAGAUGCAGAGGCCAGGAACUCCCCUGUACAACAUCAAGGCAUAUCUUCCAGUUAUCGAGUCUUUUGGAUUCUCAAGCACUCUGAGGGCGGCAACAUCGGGGCAGGCAUUCCCUCAGUGUGUUUUUGAUCACUGGGACAUGAUGUCGUCUGACCCGUUGGAGCCAGGUUCUCAGGCAGGGCAGCUUGUGAGUGAUAUCAGAAAGCGCAAGGGCCUCAAGGAACAGAUGACCCCUCUCUCUGAAUUUGAAGACAAGCUUUAAGGUGUCCUAGUAUUAAGAAAAUGUCAGGUUGCUCUUUGUUGUUGCAUCAGUUGCCUUGGGACCUCUCUGCAGGACUUUCCAGCCUGCAUCCCAUUUUUCUUGUGGUUACUUUAGAACUUUUUAUCUAUUUAAAGUCUUGCACUUAUGUUUUUUAGAUGCUUAACAUAUUGUCACGUUUGUGCUUUUUAAGACAUUGUUUGCAAUAAAUAUUUAGGUUGAGUUUU